UCGGUGAUCCAUUAUUCAGACUCUUUGAGCCGUGCGUCCCUUGCGUAACCAGACCCGCUCAAUCGAGCGCGCAAUAUUUGAUAUCCGCCAUUGCUUGUGUUUAGUGUGACCGAGCGCAUUGAAAAGAUGUUUUUAUCUUCAACUCUGCGCUCUGCCGUGUCUUAUGCGGCGAGGCAGGUCCGCAGUUUGCACCAGACAUCGGCUCGAGCUGGAGCUGGAGGAAUCUUUGUGCACAGAGACACACCGGACAACAACCCAGAGACGCCAUUUGAAUUCAGCCUAGAGAACAUGAAGAGAGUUGAGGCCAUCAUUAAUAAUUACCCAGAGGGACACAAGGCAGCCGCCACUAUUCCUGUGCUGGAUGUGGCUCAGAGGCAGCACGGAUGGCUUCCUAUUUCAGCAAUGAACAGGGUGGCAGAGAUCCUGGGCAUUGCUCCAAUGAGGGUUUAUGAAGUAGCCACUUUCUACACCAUGUUCCUCCGUCAGCCGGUGGGAAAGCACCACAUCCAGAUCUGCACCACUACGCCCUGCAUGCUCUGCGACUCCGACAGCAUCCUGGAGGCCAUCCAGAGCAAACUGGGUGUCAAAGUCGGUGAGACCACGGCAGAUAAAUUAUUCACGCUAACAGAAGUCGAAUGUCUCGGGGCUUGUGUGAACGCACCAAUGGUCCAAAUCAACGAUAACUAUUAUGAGGAUCUUAAACCAUCAGACAUUGAGCAGAUUAUUGAUGAACUGAAGGCAGGCAGAGUUCCUCCUCCUGGACCCAGGAGUGGGCGUUUUUCAUGUGAACCUGCCGGAGGUUUAACCUCACUGACAGAACCUCCUCCCGGACCAGGCUUUGGUGUGAGACCUGACCUGUAAACAGACCUCCGUGAUCUUGAGUCCUUGUAAACAUCAGAGAUGUUGUAUAUGUAAAUAAAAUAUUAUCAUAAAUUAUACC